GUGUGUGUGUGUGUGUUGGCUGAUGUGUGUGUGUGUGUGUGUCCUCUUCUUCAGCUGGAGUUGAAAGUUAAAGCGUCAGUCGUUCGUCAUGACGGUCUGACAUCGAUGAAGGGGUUUUACACAGGGAAUUAAGGGGAAACGGCACUUUAGACUGGUGUAAAUAUGGCACAUCGUUCCCAGUGCUCCUCUGCCGGGGACAAUCCCCUGGACCCCAACUACCUGCCCCCUCAUUACCGUGAGGAAUACCGAAUGGCGAUUGAUGCUCUGGUUGAAGCUGACUUGGAGGGUUACUAUGGGUUUCUUAAGAAAGCAGAUGUGGUUGAUUUCUUAUCCUGUUCAGAGAUUGAGUAUAUCAAAUGCAUGGUUCAGGCUCCACAUCACAUUGCCCAACCAGAGAGGCGAUACAUGGCUGAAGAUGUAGAUGGCUCUUCUGAUACUUACUGGCCAGUACAUUCAGACCAUGAUGCUCCCAGCCUGGACCUUGGCUGGCCACAGCAAUUCAGAUUUAUUGGACCCACUGAGGUCACUACAUUGGUGAACCCGUCUGACCCCGAGAUGCCCAGUAUCAAGGAGCAAGUCCGCAGAAUGAUCAAGAAUGCACAACAAGUUAUCGCUGUGGUAAUGGAUAUGUUUACAGAUGUUGACAUCUUUGCUGAUAUCCUUGGUGCAGCGACACGUGGUGUAGCUGUUUAUGUUCUUCUUGAUGAACUGAAUGCUCACCAUUUUGUUGCAAUGGUCAACAACUGUAGGGUGAAUCUGGAUGAAAUAAAAUUCAUGCGGGUAAGAACUGUAUCCGGUAGUACCUAUCACUGCCGAACAGGAAAGACCUUUAAGGGUCGGAUGAUGGAUCGCUUUAUACUGGUAGACUGCAGAGCUGUUUUAAGUGGCAACUAUAGCUUCAUGUGGUCUUUUGAGAAGAUACAUCGCUGUCUUGCUCAUCUCUUUUUGGGACAGCUUGUAACCACCUUUGAUGAAGAGUUUCGGAUUCUCUUUGCCCAUUCAGAGCCACUGGUUGUUGAAAAUGUUUUGGCAAAUAUGCAGCACUCUAGUGGAGAACCUGGAAGCUACUACAACACAGAAAAGACCCACAUGUUUAACAGAGAUAAUCUAACCAUGGGUAUGGAAUUGGCUGGUCGUACUACAGAAGAUAGUUUGGGUUACAAAAUGUUACCUUUUAGGAGUGAAUCCAUCCACAGUGCAGCAGAAGCAAAUCCCUCUAUUCAGAGGAACAUGAACCUGCAUGCUGAUCAGCAAUAUAGAGGGAACCAUCAAUUUAUAGAGCACGGAAGGCAAAUGAGAGGACCAAAUGAUAGGGUUGGCUCCAUAGGACAUAGCUCUGAAAAUAUUCCUGAUUAUGAAUAUAUGCCCCCUGAAAACCAUCUAACAAUAAGAGGAAAGCAGUACAUGGAGGGAGCAAUUCCCCACGUUGGACACUUUGCACAGGAACCAUGUAUUCACAAGGGAGCUGGAUUACAAUCUGGUUAUGACAUGUAUGGAAGGUAUAGAGGCCAAGGCCAACACAUUGAUCAGUUUUCAGGGCCUGUCUACCCUCAUGAGGUAGAUAAGGAUGAACCACCUGGAGCUUAUGACCAUAUUCAAAGAUACCUGCAGUCUCAACCUGCUAUGGAGGAAGGACAUGGGCCAAGAAAUUUAAUACCACCUGUGCAGUCCAAUCUCAAGAGACAUAGCAUGGGACAUUCUUAUACAUGUCAGACCUCCCCAACACAACCGAACCCACCAGAACAGAAACAUUUCUUCAAUGUAAACCGCAAAGCACAGGAUGUGAGUCAAAAGCAAGGCAUGCGGGACUGGAGAAUCAGCUCAUACCUUAGUGCAUAUGAUGAUCCAGGAGAGCUGGAUUUAGCUGAACUUGAAGGAUCCACUGCAUGUGAUGACAUUCCAUGUUUUACGCAGGAAGCUCCUUGUGGCCCCAUACGUCCUGAAAUUAGACUAGGAAAUAGAGAGUUUAACAGGAUACCUUCACCUAGGGAAAAUACCAUGUUUGCCCAAAUUCAGAAUAAUUCUAUUAUGCCUGACAGUUCAGUUAAUCAUCCAUAUAACUUAUCACAAAUAAAUAUCAAAACAACACCAGCAUCAACUUCAGAGUCUUCUUGCACCACUGAGGGUGACAAAGUGGAGGAGACACAGAAUAGAGAACAUAAAGAGACUAGUCGGAUAAGUGAAGAGUUCCUCAGGAGGAAACCCAACCGACAAGUCCAGAGGAGUUCCAGACUGAGACACUCACUAAUAUUCAGUUCAAAUUUGGAGUUGCAUGCAUCAGAAGAGAUGAAAGAUACUGGUGAAGAAAAAGAUGUAGAUGAAGCUUCAAAACUUUCAGCUCGUGUGUCCCAAAUCAUGGAUAAAAGGAGAACUGGUUCUCCAUUUCAACCAUUUCAGUGGAGCAGUUUGGCAAAGUCAGCCACAUUUGAUAACUCUGCCUCAGAGUCUGCACAGCCUGAGGAUAAACUGAACAAAAUGGGUGAAACUUCUGAUGUAGAUAAGGUUGAAAUAUGCCGAAAUCUUAGAAAGAAUUCAUUACAGGGUGAUCUGCAAGAAAAAGAUCUGGCCCAAACAGUUCCUGAAACAAACAGCCAAAGGGAUGAAUGCCCAUCUAAUUUAUUGCAAAAGUCAUCUUCUUUCAUAGAUAUGAAUGACCCUGACUCUAGGCUGAGGUAUUUCAAAGAGUUAGCAGCCAAACGCAAACUUGCAGCAGCAAAGGCUUCUCAGAGCAAUCCUAUGAAAGCCACCCAUAAGUUUACUCUACCAGAGAAACCUUUAACUAUUGAUGCAGAUAAAAAAUCAGGACAUGUUUUCAAGAUCCCAGAAACUCCACUAAAGUCAAAAAAUACCUCUGUCACAGAGAUUAAAGAAACCUAUAAAGACACCAAAUGUGAGGAAUCGAGUAAAGACAUCCUACAUAGAGCUACUGAUGCUGAAAAAAUUAGAUUUAAGAAACAGCUUGCAGAAAAGUCUGGCUCAUCUUUAAAAAAUUUAAAGGGAGACAUUGAUCAAGCUCUAAAAGAAGAGGCAAGAACAGUAUCUACAGCUAAAAACCAGACACCCCCCAUUUUAAACAUUGUUUCACAAAAGCCUUUCGGUGCCUCACAAAAUCAAGUCAUUUCUGUUGCAUUAGAUAAUACCUCAACAGAAUCUGGCCUCAACCAAUAUCAUAUUCCUAAAGAAACAGAUCCCUCCCAUGCCAUUGCGACUGAGAGUGGUCUGCCUAUGAAGUUACCACAGACAAAGUGUGUAUCAUCACUACACACCACUACAAAUGAGGGAAGUCUGUCUGCAAAUGAUUUACAAACUCUUGCACAGAAUGUAUCCAAUAUAUCUAGCACAUGCUCUGAUACUGUACCUCUUGAUUCUAAUUCAACAGCAAACCAUGCAACUGUAGAUACUUGUGUACCUUCAAAAAAUGAUCACAAAGAUACAGUUCCAUCCCCAGCAUUUUUACAUACACCUGGAAAUAGUUCCAAUAAACACCCCACUGCAAUAAAGGCAGACUCUUCUCAACACCUUAAUGAAACUGGGGCAGAUAUUUCAAAACACUCCACAACAGUAGGGGCUGAACCAUCUACAGUAGAAAAUGUGUAUCCCCAACACCACUCUGUAACAGAGAAAAACUCUUCUCAUCAGCAUACUUUAAUGGAAGCCGACUCUUCCAAACAACCCAUUACCACAGAAAGUAAACCCUCACAAAAAUCUACUUCACCAGAGGCAGACUCUUCUCAACACACUCCUGCAUCUAAUACAGACUGUUUUCAACAGUCUGCUGCAGUGGGGAAAAACGUUUCCCUGCAGCCCUCUGCUACAGAAAGUGGAACUUCAAAAGACUUCCCUAUUACAACAGAAACUGACUCUUUCCAACAGCCAACUGCAGCAAAAAGGGAAUCAUCACAUCACUCCACCACAAUUAAAGUAGACUCCUCUCAACAUCAAAUGGAGACAGACAUUCCUCAAAAGUCUAAUGCAGUGGAGACAGAUUCUUCCCAGCAACCCACUGCAACAGCAACAGACUCUUCCCAGCAGCCCACUGCAACAGAGAUAGACUCUUCCCAACAGCCCACUGCAACAGAGACAGGCUCUUCCCAGCAGCCCACUGCAACAGAGACAGGCUCUUCCCAGCAGCCCACUCCAACAGAGACAGACUCUUCCCAGCAGCCCACUGCAACAGAAACUGACUCUUCCCAGCAGCCCACUGCAACAAACACAGACUUUUCCCAACAGCCCACUGCAACAGAGAAUGAUUCUUCCCAGCAGCCCACUGCAACAGAGACAGACUCUUCCCAACAGUCCACUACAACAGAGAGAGACUCUUCCCAGCAGCCCACUGCAACAAAGACACACUGUUCCCAACAGCCCACUGCAACAGAGACAGACUCUUCUCAGCAGCCCACUGCAACAAAGACAGACUCAUCCCAGCAGCCCAAUGCAACAGAGACAGACUCUUCCCAACAGCCCACUGCAACAAAGACAGACUCUUCCCAACAGCCCACUGAAACAGAGACGGGCUCUUUCCACCAGCCCACUGCAACAGAGACAGACUCUUCCCAACAGCCCACUGCAACAGAGACUGGCUCUUCCCACCAGCCCACUGCAACAGAGACAGACUCUUCUCAACAGCCCACUGCAACAGAGAGAGACUCUUCCCAACAGCCCACUGCAACAGAGACAGACUCUUCCCAACAGCCCACUGCAACAGAGACAGACUCUUCUCAACAGCCCACUGCAACAGAGACAGACUCUUCCCAACAGCCCACUGCAACAGAGACAGACUCUUCCCAACAGCCCACUGCAACAGAGACAGACUCUUCUCAACAGCCCACUGCAACAGAGACAGACUCUUCCCAACAGCCCACUGCAACAGAGACAGACUCUUCCCAUCAGCCCACUGCAGCAGUCACAGACUCUUCUCAGCAGCCCAUUGCAAAAGAAACAGACCCUUCCCAGUGUCCCAUUGCAUCAGAAACAGACUCUUCCCAGCAUCCCACUGCAAAAGAAACAGACCCUUCCCAGCAGCCCACUGCAACAGACAAAGACGCUUCCCAGCAACCCACUGCAACAGUCACAGACUCCUCAGACACAGACUUUUCCCACCAGCCAAUUGUAACAGAGACAGAAUCUUCCCCUGAGCCCACUGCAGCAGUCACAAACAUUUCCCAGAAAUCCACUUCAACAGUCACAGACUCUUUCCAGAAGAACAGUGUAACAGCCACAAACUCUUUCCAGAAGUCUGUUCCAACAGAGACUGACUCGUCCCAGCACCUCAGUAUAACAGAAAGUGAGCUACCCCAAAAUCCCACCAAAAUGGAGACAGACACCUCCAAACAUCCUAUUGAAACAAAAAAUGAAUCCCUUAAAGGCAUCACUGCAAAAAACUCUGACUGUAUGAAUGAGAAAAAAGAUGAGAACUUAUCUGAAGGCCUUAUAAAACUAAUACCCAUUCCAGAGGCUAACAAUACUCAAAAAGAAAAUAGCAUAUCUCAAAAUGAAGUCACCACAGUCUCAUGUUCCCCAGCUAAACAUUCCCAAUCUGAAACUGUUACACCUUGUGGUAGCCAAGUGGAACUAAACGAAACACAAGCAUCGGCCAAACCAUGUAUAACUCCUACAGUUAAAGAUGCAGACAAUGGUGCUUUAACUAGUCUUGAUUCAGUGGAGGUGUGCUUAACUUCUCAAGGUUCUCCAGAGUCUUGCCUGUCCUCGAAUGAGAUCAACUCAACUCAGGGAAAAACACAAUUACAAUCUAGCUUUUCAUCAAACUCUAUGCAAUCUAGCUGUCAAAAUGACUCAAAGCCUGAGAAAACAGAUGAGUGCCAGAAAUCUGACUCCAUUACAGAGCAAAAUCAGAGUCAUGACCCUUCACCUGUAGAUGCAGGGCCCAAUAUAGCUCACAUAGAAGUUUCUACUGCAACAGACUCUAAUGAAGUUGAUAAAAUGAAACAAACAACACCACAGGUAGAAAACACUGUGACUAACUUAGCAGAGGUGUCAGAAAAAUCACAUUUAACUGUACACAGUAAUUUAGAAAAUCAGUCUUCUAUUGCAGAGAAUGCAAAAUCGAAAAUGUCUGCACAUCAGACAUCAACUGCAAAUGUUAUCUCUUGCAGCAACCUUAGAGAUGACACUAAAGUUCUUUUAGAGCAAAUUUCAGCAAAGAACCAAAGCAGAUCUUCCCAGUCCAAGCAGACUCUUGAUGCACCCAACGAAGCCAAAAAGGUUGAGGUCCGCCCUGCAGAUAAUUUGUUUUCAAAUUAUUCAGGAAGGCCCUGGUCCUCCAAGGCUACACCAGAAGAGCGGGAGAUGUUACUACAAAAGAUGGAGCAAAUGCGUAAACAGAGGAAGGUCUACAGCCGUUUUGAGGCCUCAUGAAUUAAAGAAACCAUUGGAAGAGGGGCUCCCUUGAUGAACAACAAGAGGAUAGUGAUUUUUUCUACCUCAUAACAGUGAACCCACACAAACUUGGAUUGAGGUGUCUUAUAACUUCUGAUUAUGCCAAAGAGUGCUGCCUACUGUAUAUUGAGAGAAUGGAAAUCCCUGCAGGGCUUAACAAGCUAUGCAGAUGAUCUGCGUGACAAAACAGGAACUCUUAUCAGCCUUUGAUAGGGCAGGUAUUUCUCUGUGUGUAUAUAUAGUGUAGCUGUGAAACACAUUUCUGAAUCUUUUGUAGUUAUUGGUAGUUCUAUAUUCAGAAAUUAUGACCUGAUAUAAAUACUGUAAAUAGAAAGUUGUUUACGUAACAAAAACAAGGAGUUCAUUAAAAAUGUAACUGCCAGAGAUGGAGCAUGUGAGCGAUGUGGAGUGGGGGAGGAGUUGCGUGGUAUUGCCAGGAGCAAGUAGCAGGUCUUCUGAAAGUCUCCAAAUCGUUCUGAUACUGCUCCAACAUGUUCACAGACUAUUGUUUGUUUUUCAGUACAGCAUAACACUUUUCUCCCAAGUAUUUUUUUUUCAUUUGAUAUAUGUAUUUUGUGCCCAGAUGUUUUUCAGUGAUCAUAAAAACAAACACUGAAAGAACUUUAUAGUUGAUAGUUAUAUAGUUUACAUUUUUCUUUAUACAUUUUCACUUUAUAGUUACAUUUUUCUAUGAAGUGAACUUGAAGCAGUGAGUAACAGGAAAUUGAAAACAUGGAACAAAGUGGAGCUGGAGCAAAAUGAUCAUAGGAUGCUUUGAAGAGGGAAAAUGGAUUUUGUUCAGUCACAUGGUCGGGCCAGAGAAUAGAAAAAAACAGACUGUGUUUACUUGUCCAUCAGCUGAUUGUGUAAAGCCAACAUAAAAUAAAUUAUGAUGGUCUGUGUUGGUGCACAAUGGAAACUCCAAAAGCAUGUGUUUUUGAGUCCAACGUAUUAAUGAGGACAACAUGUACAUGCAGCACCUUUUUCUAAAUAAUUGAGUUUCUCAAUAUAUCAAAUUGAUAAAGUACACAAAAUGUGCAAUAUUGUGAAUUUAGGAUGGAAUACUGAUUUAUUUAAAUUGUGAAAUCUGUUUGACAAAAAUAACCAGUGUAUUAAAACUGCGUCUGUUUUUGAUGGAGGUCCCCGUAAGCUACACGUGUAAAGAACCAAAUAUGUCUGUUACAUAUUACCUCCCAUUUCCAAAAGUUGUAUGUUUGAAUAAUUUUUAGGGCAAAAUGAGUAAUACUACUCCAAUAUGAAACUAAAUAUAUAUA